CCAUCAUCUAUCUAUACUAGCAUCGAAGCCCCGCCAUGCGCCACCUGUGCAGCAGCUGACUCAGAUCCGGCGAAUGCGUUUCCGUGCUUCGGCCCUUAAAUCAAGCACGUAAUCUUGGAUUACCGAAGCUUAAGCCAAAAUCGGACAGUAGAAUCUCCAUUUCAGGAAUAUUUUAGGACCACAGGAAAUACAAGAAGGGUCGUGUUGAAAAGGGCAUGUAUUUUUGGGCAAAACAUCCCCCACGUUUUCUCAGCAGUAGAACAGAACAGAUCAAAUAUUCAGGCCAACCAUAGUAACAGCAAUCUCUCUCUGUGUCUCUCUGUCUCUUUGUGAGCAGAGGAGAGAGAGAGAGAGAGAGAGAGAGAGAGAGAAUGGGGGUUCUUUUCUUCUCGUGAGGGGGGCCCCAAAGACGUGCCACCAAGAACUGAGAGAGUCCCAAAUGUCAAUUCCCACAUGAUUAAAGCCAAUUGUCUCCGCAAACAACUGUAGAUCCUUUCCACGAGUCCCAACCCCCUCAAAAUUUGCACCCCACAAGAAACUGUAAUCACAGAGAGAGAGAGAGAGAGAGUUCUUGUCAUAAGCUGACAGUUUCUUCAUGGCCACAUAGGACUCUUGGGAGGAAGAGAGCAGACCCUUAUGCUUUGUCUUGCCUAUCUGUCGGCGGUUGGGUGGGUGGGUCAGUCUUCUUCUUCGUCAUAAUAUUUGAUCGAGAGAAGUCGAGUUCUGUGAUGGCUCGCGAGUGGUUACGAUGAACCACCGUGAUGAGGAGGGAGGCAAGAGAAGUUGUUCCCCAAUAGCGAGGAGAUUGCAAUUCUAUGCAAGAAGUAGGAGGAGGGGAUGGAUGAAGUGCCUGGCUCGGUGGGGACAAGCGCCAGUUUUGCUCUGAGAUUGGGUCAGACCAUCUUCUCUUCGGCUUCUCUUCUCUUCAUGGCCCUUGGCGUUCAGUUCUACAGCUACACCGCUUUCUGCUACUUGGUCACAAUCAUGGGUUUAAACAUACCGUGGAGUUUUACCUUGGCAUUGGUGGACGGAUACUCCGUCCUGGUUAAGUGCCCGCUCCGACAACCUGGAGUUCUAUUCAUCAUCGUAAUCGGAGACUGGGUGCUGUCCACUCUCACACUAGCGGCAGCUAGCUCAACAGCUAGUGUCGUGGAUCUGCUGGUGCACGCCGAUGGGUCUUACUGCCCUCCAAAGUUCUGCAGUAGAUACCAGAUAUCGGCGGCCAUGGCCUUUUUAUCGUGGUUUUUGUCCCUCGCUUCGUCACUCUUCAACCUCUGGUUGCUCCCAGCUUUGUGAAUUCUUUGGGUCUCAAGAUUUUGCAGUGUUCACUGGAAAUGUUCCGUGACAAUCUCGCAACUGGAUCGUGUUUAGCAUUCUUGUUUACAGAAAAAGAGAUCUCUGGCUAUACUGUAAUGGAAAUUAUAGCAUCGAGCGUGCAAUUGUAGAGCAGAAAGUUACGCUGGGAGCAUAAUGUUCUCCAGAUCAUUGUGCAAAAUAUACAAAGUUCUUCCUAGUUUUGUCGUCA